AACUCCUUACUCCUUUGUCUUCUCAUUUUCUCCACUGAAGAAACUGACACUUUGGCUUUUUCUUCUCCGUCGUUCGCUCACUCGAAAGACCUCUAAGAUUCGGAACGCUAAGUCUGAAACCCUAGAAUUUAGUUCCGGUGAACGCCUGGGAGCAUACAAUGGCAAUUGUUUCCAGGGUAGGCCCAUUGUAUUGUAUUCAAGCUGAUGUAACUCAGGGUAGAAUGGUACAGCAUGUAGCUGAUGGCAGGGCAAACAAUGUAGAGGCAUCUCCAAUGAAAGAAAAAUCUGUUAGUCUCUCUUGCUUCUCAAGUAUUUCUGCCAAGACAUCGCGGGUUUUCCCUAUAGAGACUGUGGGUGUGGUAAGAAAAAGAGGGCAGAGAGUAAUCGUGGCAGCUAGUCCUCCCACAGAGGAUGCUGUGAUUUCUACAGAGCCACUCACAAAAGAGGAUCUUGUUGGAUACCUUGCCUCUGGAUGUAAGCCGAAGGAGAAUUGGAGGAUAGGUACAGAACAUGAGAAGUUUGGUUUUGAGUUUCAAACUUUACGUCCUAUGAGAUAUGAACAAAUAGCAGAAUUACUCAAUGGUAUUGCCGAGAGAUUCGAUUGGGAUAAAAUAAUUGAAGAGGACAACAUUAUAGGACUCAAACAGGGGAAGCAAAGCAUAUCACUGGAGCCUGGAGGCCAGUUUGAGCUUAGUGGUGCACCUCUUGAGACUUUGCAUCAAACUUGUGCUGAGGUCAAUUCACAUCUUUAUCAGGUUAAAGCUGUUGCAGAGGAAAUGGGCAUUGGAUUCUUAGGCAUUGGUUUCCAGCCAAAAUGGGGACUUAAAGACAUACCUGUCAUGCCCAAGGGAAGAUAUGAAAUUAUGAGGAAUUACAUGCCUAAAGUUGGCUCACUGGGACUUGAUAUGAUGUUCAGAACAUGCACUGUUCAGGUUAAUCUGGACUUCAGUUCAGAAGCUGACAUGAUCAGGAAAUUCCGUGCUGGUCUUGCUUUGCAGCCUAUUGCAACAGCUCUAUUUGCAAAUUCACCUUUUACCGAAGGGAAGCCAAAUGGUUUUCUCAGCAUGAGAAGCCAUAUUUGGACUGAUACUGACAAGAACCGUACUGGCAUGCUUCCCUUUGUUUUUGAUGACUCCUUUGGGUUUGAGCAGUAUGUUGACUAUGCUCUUGAUGUUCCAAUGUAUUUUGUUUAUCGGAAAAAGAAGUAUAUUGACUGCACUGGGAUGUCAUUCCGGGACUUCAUGUCUGGAAAACUUCCAUGCAUUCCUGGUGAAUUACCAACCCUCAAUGAUUGGGAAAAUCAUUUGACUACAAUAUUUCCAGAGGUCAGGCUAAAGAGGUACUUGGAGAUGAGGGGUGCUGAUGGAGGGCCUUGGAGGAGGUUAUGUGCUUUACCUGCAUUUUGGGUUGGUUUGCUAUAUGAUGAUGUCUCACUGCAAAAUGUUCUAGACAUAACAGCUGAUUGGACUUCUGAAGAAAGACAAAUGUUGAGAAAUAAGGUUCCAAAGACUGGUCUAAAGACAUCAUUUCGUGAUGGACUGUUGAAGCAUGUAGCUGAAGAUGUUUUGAAGUUGGCAAAGGAUGGCUUGGAAAGAAGGGGCUUUAAGGAAUCAGGGUUCUUAAAUGAGGUGGCAGAGGUGGUUAGAACAGGUGUAACACCGGCUGAGAAACUUUUGGAAUUGUACCAUGGGAAGUGGGGACAAUCAGUAGAUCCUGUUUUUGAGGAGCUACUCUACUGAACUGAAUCAGAUUCUUCUGCACUAUGUUCCCCUUCUCUGUAAUACACUGUCCACUUCUGGGCGUGAUCUUUUGUUUGUGUAUUCAAUGUUUCUAAUUUGCAGUCAAAAAAUAAACUGUGAUUAUAAAUCCUUGGUAUGGAGGAUUUUUAUGUAAUCCAUCAUGGAAUUCAGAAAGCAUUUGUUCAAGUCAUGACACUUCAUAUGAACUCUUGGAAGUAGUUCUUCUUUGGUCCUAGUAAAAAAUUGCGUUGGUUAUUGUGACAAUAACCCUUUUUCUUGUAAGCAAAGAUUUGUGGCCGUCGCAUGGCAUUGAUGAGAUUAGUUUGGACUUCUUGCAAGAUGGGAUGUGCAUUGAGGCAGCAAAUGCUAUCCAGUUCCAGUCAAUAAUCCUGAUGGGUACAUACAUGCAGGUACUUUAUUUGCUUGCAACAAUGAUGAAUGGUUAAUUGUCUAUUUUGAUGCUUUAGUUCUAAAAAUUGUAAAUUUUGAUGCUGGAACCUGGGUGUCUAAAGCACU